ACGCGGAAGUACCAGAAGUUUUAAGGUGACUGUGUGUAGCUCAGUUCAGCACUCAGGAAUGAGUGUGAGCGUUCGUCAGAUAAAAGUUCCCUCGGAGCCUCACGCCACCUACUUCCUCAAGGUGGACUGGCUGGAGGACCUGGGGGCAGGUUUCACUGUUGCACUCUGCGAUGGGGAGUCCGCCUGGAUUGGCGAGGUGUCAGAGGAGGACGUGGCCCGGGAGAUCCAGGAGCUGGAGAUGCGGAGGGAGAGGUAUGUGGAGGAGCUGCAGCUGGCCCUGGCCGGAGGGGGACAGCAGGGUGGGGAUUACACCUUCCAGCUGUCCCCAGAGAGCGCCUGCGGAGGCCCCCGUCACCUCACUUACGAGAAGGUGCAGAAGGACAUCUCGUUCAGACUUGGAUCGGUGGAGCUGCAGCCGUCUCCAGAGCCCGAUCAGGUUAUUAAAGAGCUCAUUAGGAUCGGGCUGGACCGCGGCAGCGAGCUCAGGGCCAGGAACCAGCACCUGCAGGAGGAGAACCAGCGGCUGAAACGGGAGCAGGACCGCAUCACCGCAGAGCUGGAGGGAUAUGUGGAGGCCAAGGAGAAGCUGGAACAGGACCUGUACACGCGCUUCGUCCUGGUGCUGAACGAGAAGAAGGCCAAGAUCAGAGGCCUGCAGGAGGAGCUCAGACGGCUGCAGGAGGCCAAGGAGGAGAGGGCACAGAGGGAGGCUACCACAGCGGAGAGCUCAGGGCCGAUGGAGGCCGAUUACGGGGCGAGCACGGACGAGGAGCAGACGCAAAGCAUCCACUGUUCCCAGGUUUCAACAGUGCCUGUUACGGAUGAGGCCAGCAGUUCCAUGGACCUCGGCCUGAGUGACAUCCCUGAUGUGGCGCCCAGCCGUAAGCGUCGGUGGCGCCAUCUCCAUGACCCCGGGUCCGAGAAGGUUCCGCAGGAGCUACAGCAGACGGCAAGGAAGGACCCAGCCCCCUCCAAAGCAGAGGCCAAUGAGAAGGCGGCUCAGGGGCCUCCAGAUGUAGCCACACCCAGUCCUAAGCCAGAGAAUCUGUUUGAUGACUUCUAACCAUCAUGAUUUCCAUGUUGAUGAAGGUGCUCUUCUAAUGUGUGCUUAUUUCUGUUUUCUGUUUCUCAGGGGAUAUUCAGCUUUAUAGUGAACAAUGUCUGGACACGUAUUACAUAAACA